CCGUAUCUCUGUCGCCGGCAGGUGGAGCAGAGCUGACCCCCUGCCUUCGCCCUGCGCCGCCGGCCCGGCUCAACGACAUGCCCUCGUGGUAACCGGCUGACGGCGCGCGCCGUGACCUCACGACCUAUCAGUGACCCGGCCAGUGAACCCGGCCGGCGCAGCGUGACCUGUGCCCCGCCGCUGCCAUGUCGUUCCACCAGCCCGGCGGCGACGUCUGGGUGCAGUGGUUCAAGUGCUGUGUGACGCCCCAGGUGCCACAGAAGCGGCGCCGAAUCGACCGCAGCAUGAUCGGCGAACCUACCAACUUUGUGCACCUGGGCCACGUAGGCGCCAACGACAUGCAGCAGGGCAACCGGUACCUGAACCAGCUGCAGAACCAGAUGUGCAGCAAGGGCCAGUACCAGACCACCGGCCCUGUCCGGGUCAACUCCUGAUAGACAGGACGGCAUCGGCGUGGAUGAGAGCAUGGGCCGGGGCGCUGUGAUCAGCUCGGCCCCGGAGGUCGCCAUCCACGGACUCCCGCGCCGCCGCCUGGGGCGAUGUCACGCGUCGCUCGGCGCACAGGCCGCCGGCGCCGGCGCAGUGAUCACGUGUCGUCCACCGCGGCGCGGUGGCGACAGAGGGACGUGCGGCCGGCCGAACUGGGUUUUUCUAGUCGUCGCGGCCGCCACGUCACGGCGGACCGCGUGACGCGCCGUGACCCGGCCAUGACGCGCCGUGACCGGACCGUGACCCGGCCGUGACCCGGCCGUGACCCGGCCGUGACCUGGCGAGGCGGGGCCUGGCUGGACGCCGGUCGUGCGGCGCAGUGACGGACUGACACGCCUGUCCCGCGCUGGGGCGAGACUCUCGGUGAUGCAGUGUGUACGUGUUGUUUGGGUGUCACUGCUCGUGGACAUUGAGUGGAUCAAUACAAAUGUUAUAACGCCA